AUGAAUCAGCAAUUUCCAGUGCUAGGUUUUUUAUUUUCUAUUUUGAUUUUGGCUGAAAAUUCAACAACAGUAUUAAAUAAUGUAUUGCAAAGUAAUCCGAAGAACAUUGAAAACAAUCAUUCAACAAUAAAGAUGAAAACAAUGCUUUUUAAUAGAAAUUUUACUAAUUUUAACCGAACAAAGAUUUUAAAUAUACUUAACUCCACAUGGUUGAACAAUAAUUUACCUAUUACGUCUGUAGUAACUUCUUCUCAAAUCAAUCGUUUUCCGAGAAAUGUGCAACAAGAUUCUAAUAAAAGUAAUAACGAAGAGACAGAAUAUAAGCAAUAUAUAAAAGUAAUAUUAGAUUUAAAACCUGAUAAAUAUGAAGAUAUGUAUGAUUAUUAUGAUGAUGGAAAAUAUAAUGACAAUCGAGGGAAAAAAAUCAAUGGUCUAACUGAUGAAUUAAUUUUACAUAGGGAAAUAGAACAAAAUUCUCAACCAAUAACAAGAAAUUUAAAUGAAUCACGAGAAAGAAAAAGAUGUACUAAGAAAAUUACACAAAAUUUAGGUUCUACAAAUCAUCAGCAACCUCAAAAACUUUUUUUAAGAAAUAUCGAGGAUGGAAUAGAACCAACUAUUAAAUGUACGGAUUGUGAACUUUUAAAAUCAAAUAUAAAUUCUAAGGAACUUAAUAAUAAUUAUGAUAGUGAUUUACAAUUAGAAGAAAGAGACGAUGAUUACUUUAUUAAAGUUUUAAACCAAUUAAUUGAUAAAAUAAAUAAACCAAAAAAUGUAAAAUCUAAUUUAUUUAAAAAUCUACCAAUACAGACAAGUACUGAACCAACUAUAUUGGAAAAUAGUUUAGUCGAAAAUCAAAAUACAAAUAGUUCUUCUGGUGAAGAAAUGAUAGUUAAAUUAGAAAAAAUAAAAGGAAACCGUAUAGUACAUAAACUUGAAUCUAGUCCCGAAAAUAUUUUUGUAAAUGGUAAUUGGGUAAGAAAUAAAAUAAUAGAAAAUAAAGUUAAUGAUUGUAAACCAAUAGUAAAUAAUCGCAGGAAUGAGUUAAAUGAUAAAAAUGAAUCAAUUUCAAAUAAUGGAAUGAAACAAUUAAAUUUAAAAGAUUCUAAAAAUCAAGUUAUUGAGACUGAUGACAAUAUCUCAAAUAAGCUUAACGAUUUAUCAGUAGUAACUGAAGAAAAUAAAUACAUUUCAACAUCUCCACUUACGAACGAAAAUAAACACCUUUUAUUUUCUAGAGAGACCAGUAUGCCUUUUGUUGUAUCAUCUACAUCAAAAUAUAAACCAGAUUCUAAUUCUGACCUAACUGACGAUUAUUAUAAAUUAAAAUUUACAACUAAAGAUUAUACAGAUCAAUUUAAUAAGGAAGAAAAUGUUUCGAAUCAUGAAAAGAAUAAUAAAAAUCAAUAUGCACCAACUGUAAAUAAUUUUCCAACGACAGUGGCAAUAUUUGAAUCAAGUGAAGAACUAACAUCAAAUUUAAAUGAAGCAUCUAAAAUAAAAAACUCAGAUAAAAUCAUGGAGUCUAAUGAUAAUAAUCCAAAAACGAAUUUUUCGGACGAAGAAACAAUUGUAGAAAAUUCAAAUUUAGAGGAAAAAGAAAAUAAUUCCCCGGAUGAUAAUAUGAAUUGUUCUUGCAAUAAAAAAAUAAUCAAGAAUAUUUUAAGUUCUACGAUGGUGACAAAUAUCACUGAAAUAAAAACUGAUCUGUAUACAUCACCAAAUAGUUUAAAAACGAAUAGUAAUAAACGUUCAAAUCAAUUACUCAAAAAAAAUAGUGAAAUAAAUCAGGCUAAAAAUAAUAAAAAUGAAGACAAUUUAAUGAAGAAUAAAAAGGAUUUAAAUUCUGAUUUUUUACGAAAAAAACAAGUAAUUUAUGAAACCACAGGUGAAAAUAAUCUUAAAGAAUCAAAUGUAAACUCGUUAGAAGGACCAAUAUUAAAUAUUGAUAAUAAUCAGUCUCAAGAUACAUACAAUAGUAGAACGAAUAAAAAUAUAAAAAUUGAUCCAAAAAAUUCUUCAUUUAAAUCUAUAAUUCCAGAAUUGAAACUAAAGGGUCAAAUAAAAAGAAAUAACCACGAAAAUAUAAACAACGUGGAAGAAAUUAAUAAUUAUAGAAAGCUUUUAAUCUCCAAAACUUUACCGGAGAAGAAGACGAGGCAAUUUAUUGCACAAUUAAAACGUUUUCCACAAAAUGAUGACAAUAAUAUUGGUAAAAUCACAGAAAAUAAUAACAUUUUUACUAAGAAUUCUGUUCAAAUGCCUAAUAAGAUUAGUCUUACUCCACUUCAAACUAUAUCAAGUAAACAAAUAGAAAAUAUUACUAAACAGUCUCCGAGAAAACUUAUUAAAAAAGUGAAAAAUAAUAUUCUAAUAAAUGGGAAAACACAUAUAGAAAGUGAUAAUAAUACUAAUUAUAUUACUUCAUCUAAAAAAAUAUUUACUUCUCCCAGAAUUUUGUUACCGGUACCACAAAAAAUUAAUAAGCAUUCGCCCCAGUCUACACCAAGAAAUUUAGAAAAACUAAUAACAAAUUAUGACUUUAAUGCAACAAAAAAUAGUCCAAGAAAAUUUAUUACAGAAUCGGUUAAAUAUAAUUCAUUUAAUCCAAAUAGUCGUAAAUUUAAAAAUCUCAAUGAAAAUAAUAAUAAAAACAUAAUUUCUCAAAAAGAUAGUAUAAAUACUAAUCAUUUAGACCCUGUUCAAUUACAAAGACCAUCGAGCUUUGUUAAAAAUAUUGAAAAAACUAAAAUUCAAAUAACACCAAAAAAUAAAAUUUUAAAUACUUAUUCAACAAAAAUUCCCACAUAUAUUAAGAGUGGUGAUAUAAGUACUAUUAAAAAUAAAUAUAUUUUAAAAUCAAAAAUUUCUAAACCGGUUCUAUUGAACCUAAGUCCAAAAACAUUUAGUUCUUCAAACACUACAAAGCAAAUGAAAAAUAACGAAAAUAUUCCACAAUUAAAAUUAAAUAAAUCGUUAAAUAACGCAAAAACAAAAUCAAAUUCAGAACCAUUAUUUUUAGACAAAAUAGAUAAAACCAAAUACAAUUUUUUUGACAAAACACUUACUUUACCUUUAAUAAAUAAAAAUAUUCUUAACGACCAAUCUCCUACAGAGCAGGUUUUUAUUAAAAAAACUGAUACAAACCAAAAUUUAAAAUUAAAGUAUGACGAUGCUAAUUUGAAUGUUUUGUUGAAAUAAUCACCAGAAAAAAUUCAAGUUGAAGAUCUAUAUGAUCAUGAACAUGCACCAUACACAAACGAAGAUCUAGAGCCAAUUUUAUUUGAUAAAUUAACGAAAAAAGCUAACAUAUCAAAUAAAAAUUCUCAAUUUAUUAUACAAUCCGCAAACAAUAGACAAUUUCCAAAUGAAAACCAAAGACGUAAUAAAUUAGACGUAAAAUUGUUACAAUCAGUGCCAAACAACCAACUAGAAUAUGAUGAAAAUUAUGAUAACCAGAAAAAAAAUAAAUUUGUAGCUAAUGUCAAAAAAUAUAAAAAUCAGCCAAAUUUGAAUAAAUCAAACAAUUUUCCUAUUAAUACCGUUACAUUGGACAAUGAUAAAUAUAAUGUAAGUAAUCCCAAUGACGAAUCUUCAAAUCCAAAUAAAUUUGGAGUACUUUCGCAAGUGAAAAUAGCCGAUGGCGUAUUUAAGAUACCAUUAGUAAGUCAAACAAGUGUUGAUAAUAAUGGUUCCGAGUAUGUAUCCGAAAUUUUUAUACCAAUUGAAAAACCCAACGGCAAGCACUCAGCUAUAUCCCUUACAAAAUUAUUAACUGGUGAUUUUAAAUUAUUAAAUGAGCCUGGGGUAGAACGUCUUUCAGUUAUAAAGCCUACGUCAAAAAUAGAUUCAACAUUGAGUUCAACGCGUACUUCAACGGACUAUGAGAGUAAAGAGCCAGUUAAUCCGAUCCUGCCGAAGAUUUUAGAAGCGAUUCGAGAAAACGAAAAUUCUGUACCCAUACAUAUAAUUCAAAUAAUCAACAAUGGUCAAUGUUCGUACAAACAUAAUGGUACUGAUACAAUUAAAAAUAAUGUACAUGACGACGAUGAACAUAAAUUUCAUAAAAUCCAAAAUGAAGGUAGAAGAUUAUCAUCUAUAAGAUCUCAAAAUACACCUGAUAAUAAUAAAAAGAUACAUCGAAAAAUUGAAAACGCGUACAAUCAUUUCGAUUCAGCAAUUCUAGAUAGGUUUUUACAAGUGUACUCACCACACAUAGUUUAA